AUGCCCCCGCAUGCAGCCGGUAUCGCAAUGCCUCUCAACUUCAGCUCCAGACAGAAGCGCGGCGAGUACCAUGACGGGAAAGCGCAAAGUACCGGGAGAGUCAACACCUUCGGCCAGGUCGCUAUACAAUUCCACAGGAACACGACGCAUCUGAGAUACUGGUUCGACAAGCUCCAGAAAGAUUCCGCGGCAUGCCGACCGCCGGGAUGCGCAAAACCGCGAAGAAGCAGCACAACUCUGGUGGAUGAUUUCAUCAGCGACAAGACCAGCAGUAUCGACGCACCGCGACUGAACAUCGCAAUACAUAUCUGUGGGUCUCGCGGCGAUGUGCAGCCUUUCAUUCCGAUCGCGAAGCUGUUACAAGCUGCUCCGUAUCACCAUCGAGUGCGCAUCUGUACGCAUCCCGCCUUCAAGGACUUUGUGGAAAGUAACGGGGUGGAGUUCUUCUCCAUCGGAGGCGACCCCGAAGCACUCAUGGCUUACAUGGUGAAGAACCCAGGGCUACUACCAAACAUGCAGUCCAUCAAAGCCGGCGAGAUUGGCAAGCGACGAAAAGAGAUGGCCGAGAUGAUGGAGGGGACCUGGAGGAGUUGCAUCGAGGCGGGUAAUGGCAUGGGUGAGAGGAUUCCAGCGUUAGACGUGGACGCGCCUGAGGAUCUGUUCAUCGCAGAUGCGAUUAUUGCCAACCCUCCGUCCAUGGGCCACAUUCAUUGCGCGGAGAAGCUUGGCAUUCCGCUGCACAUGGUCUUCACCAUGCCAUGGUCGCCAACAAAGGCUUUCCACCACCCCCUAGCGGCCAUGGAAUAUGGCGAAGUUGAGAGGUCGGUCGCGAACUACUUCAGCUUCGGCAUCAUGGAAUUGCUCACUUGGCAGGGUCUCGGAGAUGUCAUCAAUAAGUUCAGAACGCAGACAUUACACCUCGAUGCGAUUAGUCCACUCUGGGGUCAUCGCUUGCUUACGCGACUUCAUGUUCCGUACAGCUACCUUUGGUCACAGGCUUUGAUCCCGCGGCCACCUGACUGGGACUCACACAUCACCAUUACCGGUUUCUCGUUCCUGGACGCUGGGUCGAAUUACACGCCGCCGGAUGAUCUGGCUGAAUUCCUUGCGAAAGGCCCCCCUCCAGUGUAUAUUGGAUUUGGCAGCAUAGUGGUGGAUGACCCAGUGGCUCUCACCAAGCUUAUCUUCGAGGCCGUGAAGCUAGCCAAAGUUCGGGCCAUAGUGUCCAAGGGCUGGGGCGGCGUGGGUGCGGGUGAUGUGCCGGAUGAUGUGUACCUCAUUGGUAAUUGUCCGCACGACUGGCUCUUUCAGCGGGUAUCUUGUGUAGUUCAUCACGGAGGUGCGGGUACGACAGCUGCCGGGAUUGCCUUAGGAAGGCCUACGGUUGUUGUGCCCUUCUUCGGUGAUCAGCCCUUCUGGGGGCAGGUAAGUCUUCAUGAAUGA